AGUGCGCUCGGGCAUGCCGCGCCAGGGCUGCAGAACCCGCGUGCGGGCGCGGGCGCCGCGCCGCCGGGCUAGAUGCUCAGGGACGACCCCAUCGUCCUGAGGUACCCAGAGUACCUGCCCACGGAGGAGGAAGUUGAGCUCGCGGUCGGGCUGUUGCAGCGGCCAGGGCACGCAGAGCUGUGGGAGGCGCUCCGCGAGUCGGUCAGCAUCGGCGGCUCGCCCACCGCCGACCUGCUCCGGUUUUGCUGGCAGGCGCGCCAGGAGAAGAAACGAGGGGAAGAAUGCGCCAAGGACGCGGUGGAGCUGGUGCGCCGUUGCGUCGAGACGCGCCGCACGCUCGGCAUGGACUCGUUGCUGGCCACGUCCUGCCCGCUGGCCCCGGAGUUCCGCGAGCUCUAUCUGGCGACCGUGCCCACCAGCUUCCACGGGGCCGACCGCCUGGGUCACCCGCUCUACAUCCUCAGGUACGGAUCGGUGGACAUGCUGGCCUUCCAGCGGCUCUGGCAGGAGGGCGAGCUGGCGAGGCAGCGAUGCGGGCUGGCGGAGAACGCCGCGGUGCUGGCCUACCUCCGAGGCGUGGAGUACAUGACCAAGGUGCUCAUGCCCGAGCAGGCACGCCUCGUGGGCCGACCCGUGGACAGGACGGGCACUGGUCGUCAUAGACCUCGCCGGCAUCGGCAUGCGGCACCUAGACCCAGUCCUGAAAAGCUUCCUCGGAGGGGUGUCCAAGCACGCCUCGAUCCUCGUCCCGGAGACCGUUUUCUCCAUCGUGGUGGUGAACGCUCCGUGGACCCUCUCCAGAGCCGCGUGGCCGCUGGCGAAACGGUUCGCGCACCCGGUGACGCAGGCCAAGGUCUGCGUCUUCUCCUCCGUGGGCGAGGCUGCCAGUAAGCUCCUGGAGCUCGUUGAGGAUCCCUGGCCGCACCUGCCGCCCUACCUGGGCGGCGGGUGCCGCUGCCCCGAGUGCGCCUCGGGCCGCCUCCGCGGCGGCAGCCUCCUGGCCUGGGACGCGGCGCAGGCCUCGCGGGCGGCCGACGCCGACGACGGCGGGCCCCUCGCCGAGGCGCCCCUCGCGGAGCCCGCCGCGGAGCCGCAGGCCGAGCCCUGGGACGCGCUGCUGCGCUGCUCCUGCCUCGAGG